UAGGAUUAUUGAUCCAUUGCUUUCGUAUCCCUCUGUGAUUUUGGGACGCGAAAGAGCUAUUGUUCUUAAUUUAGAGAAUCCUCGAUUGUUGAGUUGGUUGAAAUUGAGCAAAGCGAGUAAUUUAGAGCAUAUCAAGGCUAUUAUUACAUCUGAAGAGGUUCUUCUUCGGGAUCCAUCGGACGAAAAUGUUACUCCUGUUGUUGAGGAACUUAGAAGGCGACUGAAACCAAUGAAUGCAAAUCGUGAAGACCAGAGAGAGGAAAAAGAUUCAAAUGUUCAGCAGGAUAUUGAAGCAACUGAAGAAGAUGAGUCUCCAUUUGAAUUUCGAGCUUUAGAGGUUGCUUUGGAAGCCAUCUGUAGUUACCUUGCUGCACGCACAUUAGAAUUGGAAACUGCUGUUUACCCUGCUUUGGAUAUGUUAACAUCGAAGAUUAGUAGCCGUAAUCUGGAUAGAGUGCGGAAAUUAAAGAGUCAAAUGACGAGGUUGACUGCUCGUGUACAAAAGGUGAGAGAUGAGCUCGAGCAACUUCUGGACGAUGAUGAUGACAUGGCUGACCUUUAUUUGUCCAGAAAAUUAGCUGGUGCAUCACCUGUAAGUGGAUCAGGUGCAGCCAGUUGGUUUCUUGUCUCACCUACCAUUGGCUCAAAAAUUUCCAGGGCUAGUAGAGCAAGUGUUGCAACAGUUAGGGGGGAUGAGAAUGAUGUUGAAGAACUUGAAAUGUUAUUGGAGGCUUACUUCAUGCAGAUUGAUGGCACAUUUAAUAAACUAACUACGCUACGAGAAUAUAUUGACAACACAGAAGAUUACAUAAACAUUCAGCUGGACAAUCAUCGAAAUCAGCUCAUUCAGUUAGAACUCUUCCUCAGUUCAGGAACAGUGUGUUUGUCUAUCUACUCUUUGAUUGCUGGGAUUUUUGGGAUGAACAUUCCAUAUUCUUGGAAUGAAGGACAUGGUUACAUGUUUAAAUGGGUGGUAGCCGUUAGUGGCAUCAUCUGCAGCGUGCUUUUCAUACUUAUAAUCUCUUAUGCCCGCUUCAAAGGGCUUGUUGGAUCGUGAGUUUAGGCUAUUGAGUAAAGGCAGAUCCGACAGCGCCCAGAAGCUUUUGCCGGCACACUUGAUGGCUCAUACGGUACCAUAAUUUUUGUUUUUUUUUGCAAAGUCAAGACAGUUCCUCACCCUUUUGGACAACACAAGUUUGACAUUUGCUGCAGGGCUUUACCCUGUCAUAUUCCUGUAAUAUAUGAUAACUACCCUAUUUUAAAGUAAAGAAAAGAAAAUAAUUGCUUUGCAA